UGAUAGGAUCAGUACAAAUCAUUAAAGCAAAGCCAUUUGAAUGGCUUCCUUGUGCAUGACUGUACAAAGUGCACAGAUGAGUAAAGUUGGCAGUGGGGAAGAUAGAGAGAGAGUGAGAGAGAGAGAGAGAGUGAGAUGCUUUACAACUUUUUCUUUACUCUAAAGAAUCAAAAGUAAAACACUCUCAAAACCCUAAACCAAUUGAAUUCAAAAAAGAACCAAAAUAUUCCUCAUAAAGAUAGUAUUUUGAUUUUCUUUGGUUCCUUACUCUCAUCUUUCUCUAUUUCUUAACUCUGUUUCACACCCCUUUUUCCCUUUUUUCCUAAAAAAUUAUCAAAACCAGUUCCACCAUGUUUUCGUGAAGAGUUCUAUCAAGUGGGUGUUCAUUCUUUAAUCUUUUGUGUCAUCACAUUGUGUACAACCAAGAUUUCAAGAAAAAGUUCGCAUUUUUUUCCACAGAAAUUUGCGUCGUGGUAUUGUAAUCCAUUUAUUUAUGCUUUUUAGAUAGGAAACAACAGGUUAUGGGGAUUGAGUGAUACCCUUUUCAAGAUUUUGUGUCAUAUUGUUGAAAUCAAGGUUAUAUCGUGUCGAAAUUUGUGGGUUUUUUUUGGAUUCAUAAGAAAAAGGUUUUAGACGACAGAGAUGGCCGGAGGAGGGCAAGCGCCACCGCCGAAACAAGAUGAGUUGCAGCCGCAUCCUGCUAAAGAUCAGCUUCCGAAUGUUUCUUAUUGCAUAACAAGUCCACCACCAUGGCCCGAGGCAAUACUUUUAGGUUUUCAGCAUUAUCUUGUGAUGCUUGGAACAACCGUUCUCAUUCCCACCACUCUCGUUCCCCAAAUGGGUGGAGGGCAUGAAGAAAAAGCCAAAAUGAUUCAGACACUACUCUUUGUUGCUGGCAUCAACACAUUAACACAAACACUUUUUGGAACUCGGUUGCCAGCCGUCAUUGGAGGCUCCUUUACUUUCAUCCCUACAACCAUUUCAAUCAUCUUGGCUGCUCGAUAUGCUGACAUUGUCGAUCCUCAAGAGAAAUUUGAGAGAAUUAUGAGAGGUACACAAGGUGCUCUUAUUGUGGCCUCAACUCUUCAAAUUGUGCUUGGUUUUAGUGGACUUUGGCGCAAUAUCACAAGGUUCAUGAGUCCAUUGUCAGCAGUUCCACUGGUUGCUCUAACUGGAUAUGGGCUAUACGAGUUUGGUUUUCCCUUGGUUGCUAAAUGCAUCGAGAUUGGACUUCCCCAAAUCGUGUUUCUGCUGAUUUUCUCACAGUAUAUACCACAUCUUAUGAGUGGAAAGAGUCAUAUAUUUGAUCGAUUUGCUGUCUUAUUUUCUGUGGUGAUUGUGUGGAUAUAUGCUCACUUACUCACUGUUGGUGGGGCCUACAAGAACAAAUCUGACACAACUCAAUACAGUUGUAGAACCGAUCGUGCUGGAAUCAUAGGCGCUGCUCCUUGGAUACGAGUUCCUUAUCCGUUUCAAUGGGGAGCUCCAACAUUUGAUGCUGGAGAAGCUUUUGCUAUGAUGGCUGCUUCAUUCGUAUCUCUUGUCGAGUCUACUGGCGCGUUCAUUGCAGUUGCUAGAUACGCGAGUGCAACGCCUAUGCCGCCUUCGGUUCUUAGCCGUGGCAUUGGUUGGCAGGGAGUCGGCAUUUUGUUUUCUGGAAUCUUUGGAACAGGAAAUGGUUCAGCCGUAUCAGUCGAAAAUGCUGGCUUACUUGGCUUAACACGCGUUGGUAGCAGAAGGGUUGUCCAGAUUUCUGCUGGUUUCAUGAUAUUCUUCUCUGUUCUUGGAAAAUUUGGGGCUGUAUUUGCAUCGAUUCCCGCGCCGAUUGUUGCAGCAUUGUAUUGCCUGUUCUUCGCCUAUGUUGGCUCAGCAGGUCUUGGAUUUCUCCAAUUUUGUAAUUUAAACAGUUUCAGAGUAAAAUUCAUUCUUGGAUUCUCGAUCUUUAUGGGGUUAUCGAUACCACAAUACUUCAAUGAGUACACUGCGAUAAAGGGUUAUGGUCCUGUCCACACGAAAGCCAGAUGGUGGAAUGAUAUGAUAAAUGUGCCUUUCUCUUCGGAAGCAUUUGUGGGUGGAUUAUUGGCCAUGUUGCUAGAUGUAACAUUAAGGCAGAAAGAUGCUGCAACAAGGAAGGAUAGAGGGAUGCAUUGGUGGGACAAAUAUAGAUCUUUCAAGACAGAUACAAGGAGUGAAGAAUUUUACUCAUUGCCCUUUAAUCUCAACAAGUUUUUCCCUUCGGUUUGAUUGAAAAAAGGGAUCUUAUUCUUGUUACUUUUGCAUAGUGC